UGAAGGUCAUUAGUCCUCCACUAGGCUUCCUCCGCGUCCUUGGCCUUCCUCUCCGCCGAGCUUUCCCUCACCCCAAUGUAUCAUACAACUAAUGUUUAAUUGAGACAAAUCCAGAAUUGUAUGAACAUUGAUCUUCCCCCCUCCACCCCACUCCGUGAGUGGGCUGGGCCGUGGGCCGGAAGCGGAAGUGCUGGCCAGUGUCUGCGGGUUCCGCUCUAGCUAUGGAGGAGGCUCCGAUCAGGGAACCGGUGCUGGACGCCAAAUCAGAGGUCACCUGCCAGCUUAUAGAUUUUCAGUGGAAACUGGGCAUGGCUGUGAGCUCUGACAGCUGCAGAUCCCUCAAGUAUCCGUAUGUGGCAGUGAUGCUGAAAGUAGCCGAUCAUUCUGGCCAAGUGAAGAGCAAGGCCAUCGAAAUGACAAUCCCACAGUUUCAGAAUUUCUACAGACAGUUCAAGGAAAUUGCUGCUGUAAUGGAAACUGUGUGAGAACUGACUUAUGAUUCUAAAGUAAUGGACUCUACUUUUCAAAAAAGAACUGCAUAUGGAUCAAAGGAUAUUUAUACACGAAAACUGCACUUCUAGGGCUGGAGAGAUGACUCAGAGGUUAAGAGAAAUGGUUGCUUUGCCAGAGGAUCUAGGUUUAAUUCCCGGUACCCACAUGGCAGCUCACAACUGUCUGUAACUCCAGUAUCAGGGGACCCUUCACCCUCCCACAGACAUCUGUGCAGGUAUAAUUUUUAUACCAAUGGUAUAAAAUAAAAAAAUUAAAGAAUUUCACUUUCUAAUUUUUUCCCAAUUGUUAAAAAAAAUCUGUUAAAUUCAGAUUAUUUUAGUGGUGACCAAAGCUUUGCCUUUUUAAUGAGCUAAAAGUGUCUGUGUUGAAUACUAAUGUGUGUAUAUGUAAUUAUAUCUUUUUUUUGUAAUUAUAUCUUAACAAAUGAGUAAAUACUAUUCUUAAAUGCAGCACAGCUUUGUAUAUCAGGAGAAAAAUUUCAAAUCUUACUGAUACAGAUCUAACUUUAUGAAUAAAAUCUUGUCUGGAACUUA